CUCUCUGCGGUACUCGGAUGUGUGUACACACACACGCACACACUCAAAUACACACAAAUGUUUGUGCGUAAAAUCCCGCAUCCAAACGCGCAGAGGCGCUAAACAACCAGACAAACCAGCGAGAGGCCUUUGACAAUAAAAUCAUAUGUGAUAAAGAGACAGACAUCGAAGCGUUCAUUCAGCCGUAGAGAUGUUAACCAGAAUCCUUCCCCUGAUAUUCCUGCCUUCUGUGCUGACGCAGGAUCUCUGUAAAGAUGGCAAAGAUGGGAAUAAAGUCAGAAUAAGCCUUAAAACAGGUCUUGGAGAUAAAGCUUACGAGUGGAACGAGAGCGAGAUGUUUCUCUUUAAAUCUUCACUAGCAUUUGCAAUGAGGAAACACACCGGUAAUGACAAAUUUGACAUUUCCAACAUACUGGUGUGCAAUGAGACCCGACGCGUGUCAUUCAUAUUUGUGGUGACAUCACCGAACAACACAUCCCAACUGAUUCCCAAAGCAGAGGUGCAGGCUGCCGUGAGAAACAGUAAACAUCGGAUCAACAGUGCGUUCCUGCUAUCAGACAUGACUCUAGAAUUCGUGGGAAUUCCACCAACGCUUGCCACCCCGAUCGAAUACAAAACUCAGCCAUGGCUCAUCGUGUUCGGGGUCGUGAUGGGCGCUGUGGCCGUGGGGAUUUUAGCUUUGCUGAUGUCCACGGUGACCAAAGGGAGACGAGCUAAAGGUAAAGCUGUUGAUUCAGCGGAGGAGCGAGAAGGAAGAGAAGGGAGAGUCAAAGAGAACGGGACAUCACUUACACACCUGGAGUUAAAAGAUGGUGUUUAUAAUGAAGCAUUCAGCAGCGAUGAUGAGCGCUUAACUCAGCUUUAGAUCCACACGAGAGGACCCAACACCUAUAAAGCCAUUCAAAGUCCCUCAAAGGGGAAAACUCUUUCUGCUAUAUGGCAAAAAAAAAUAAAAAUUCUGGCCAAAAAUAUAUAUAAAUAUUUGCUAAAUCCAUUUUUGUAGAAAGUAAAGCUUAAUUAAUUUUUUUUAUAUUUUCCACCCUCCCUUCAGGAACGAACCCAGUUUAUUUCUGCCUGAGGUUGACAACAAUCUUUAAAUUUCAAAAUAUAUUUAGUUUUAACCAUUAUAUAUCAUCGUGUAUUUCAUCAAAUACAAUUUUAAUUUUACAACCCAUAUAGCAAAAAAAUAAUAGUAAUUUUUCUUGGGCAAAAUAUAAAAGUUUAUAAAGUAUGUACAAAACAUACAUUUGUAAGUAAAAAAGUAUAUUUUUGCAUUUGAGUUUUAACCUUUUCAAACCCGUUAUGUUUACAGGUUUGUAACGUGCAACGAUUUUCUUCAAAAGUGAUGUGAAUAUUAAUGCUUUAAAAUAUAUUGAUUUUUAAAUAUAUAUUUCAAAAAAUGCAAAAAAGUCUUUGUAAACAUAUUUUAAAAUAUAUUUCAGUAAUCUUUUUUGUCAGCAUGAUUUCACAAAUUUGAUUCAUUUAUUUGUGUCCCCGGCAUGAAAUUCAGCUUUUUUACGUGUCCGUGGCACAACUUUUUGUUGUGUCAUUUUAUGUAUUGUUUUCUAAUUUUUUCCUAUUUUUAAAUCAUUGUUGCUUUGGGUUAGAUUUGGGGUUUGGGUUAGGAUGUAUUUUUAUGUAUUGGUUUCUACAUGUUUUUCUUCCGCUUUUAAAACUAUUCUCACCUGGAGUUGGGGUUUGGGUUAGGAUGUCUAAAAAUGUUACAGAAAGUGAUUCUAACCCCAAUCGACAAUGGUAAGAAAAUAGGAAAAAAAACUAUAAGAAAACAAUACAUAAAAUGACACGAAAAAGAAAGUCGUGCCACAGACACGAAAAACUAUUUAUAGAAUUUUGUGCUAGUGACAUGAAAAAGACAUUCAUGCUCAAGGCAUGAAAAAAGCUGAAUUUGUGCCAUGGACACAGAUAAAUUAAUUACAUUUUUCGUGACUAUAACACGACUUUCCAUGACAUCGGUCUGUUUUUUGUAUAUUUUGAAAUAUAUUUAAAAUUAUAUUUGAAUUAUUUUUUGCCAUAUGGGAUGGUCCCAAACAAGAAAGUACUGUUUUAUUUAAGUAUUUGUUAUUCGUAAGAGUUUAAAGAUUAAAAUAUUUGUCUUUAAUUUUGUGUAUGUUAAUAUCAAGGCUUUCUAUAUGCUGACAUACUCUUAAAUAUCAAUGAA